CGGAAAAGACCUGACAAGAGAUAUUUUCGAAUUAGUCAUGUCCUUAUGCUAAUAAGUAACUUGCAAAAAAGAUUUUUCUUCAACUCGUCUGCAAAAAAUCUCCAGCCAAAUCUAUUUCGACUUCAUACGUUGUCCAGUUACUAUUAUUGGAUUUAAUUUUCUGCCAUUCGACACAUGUAAUAUUGAAUUUUUCAUUCUUAAGUUUAUUUAAUUCUUUUUUUAAAUUCAUUUAAUUUUGUUCCGUAUUUAAUUAAUUCACCUGAUUCUGUUGGAAUUAAACUCUGCACUUUUUUAAUGAUGGCGAUUUUUGUUGAAGACGAUGGAAUUUAUCGAUUUUUAAUGCAGAAUUAAUAAAUGUCAUACAUAAGCACGUAUGAAUUUGAAGCAAACAAAAUUGAAGAAUAAUAAUUUUAGUAAUAAAACAUUUAACGAAUUACAGAACAAACUAAUCAUUUUAAAGUAUAAUUUAUUUACAUCCCACAAGUCGACAUUUGAUUUGAUAAUAUAAUUUGGCACAUAUAAGUAAAAGUGACAUAAUCAAUAUCAAUUCCAAUUUGUGCUUCAAAAUGUCACUAAACUUAAAAAAUGUUCAUAGAUCUAUUGAAAAUGAGAACUGAUGGUGCUUAUAUAUUAUUAUCGAACUAUUUUUGGUCGUAUAUUGAGUAUUUAAAUGUAAGUUAGAUAAAGUAUUCAAUCUAUAUCGAAUUUGAUGAUCAUGUUUAUGCGUACUCUUGCCAGGACAUGCACAAGAAAUACCAUCUUGAUUGAAACAUUCUUCAGUUUUUGAAUUAAGAGCAUUCUAUGGUGUGGUGGUUGAUGGUGAAGUAUAUUGAUUAGAAAGAUUAAUUUCUAAUUUCCAUCUAACAUUCUAAAAAAUGAAAAAUUCUGUUUAAAGAUCAGCGAAAGUUUGAUAAUUAUUUACCUUUAAUUUUUUUGAAAAAAGAGAUAAAAACUUACUCUAAUUACUCCUUUUGGUAAUCCACUUUUUUUGUCUAUCAAAUCAAGUGUUGCUUUUUUUCGUGCACCAGGACUCAGACUCUGACCUAAUAAUUUUGAUGGUGAAAUUAUUUAAUUAUCAUUUGCUCUUUUUUUUCUUUUUUGCUUUCUUUUUCAUUUGAAGAUGAUGAACUUGAAUCUGAGAUUGACAACGAUUGUAAGCGUCUAUUUGCACGUUCGAGUUUACGAACAGUAUCUUGCAAUUCGUCAUUUUCAUGUUUCAAUCUCACAGUAUUUUGACAAGAACGUUUUUUUCCUUCGUCUGUCCUCACAUCGAUUGGUUUUCUUGAAAAAUAGACCACACGGGUAAUUUUGUUAUCAAACACAAAGUAACCACAUGAAUUCUCAUCUGAAACAGUCUCAGGUUUUAUCUCGGUCGAUGUGGGAUGUAGUAUUUGUUAUAAAACGUCUAUAGAAUCAGAAUAGAAGAUUGAGAGCUCGCCGACUUGAUGCCAUCCCUGAUCGUUGUUGGAAUGAGCAACCUAAUGGCACUUGUUUUCUCGACUUCCGUUGUAGACUCUACUUGUUCAAAAACAUCUCAAAAAUGAUAUGAGUCGCUGUGACAUGUGGUUGCAUGUGUGGAUAAAGAUGCAAACUAGUACGCCUCAUAGUUAUGGCCAUACAAAAAUAUUCAGAUUUCUCAAAUUCAAUUUAGGAUAUUUUAGUCCAUAAGCACUCCUAAUGGCUAAAUCAAAAUGAAUAUGAGUCCUCAGAUCGUAAUGACGCAUUUUCACUAGAAAAAAAUUGAAUUUCGAAAGAGGACCUGAUUUCUUUACAUAAUGACCUCCGCCUUUCAGGAUAAAAGUAAGACCCCACUUGCUUUAGAACCCACUUGCUUAGCACAAGUGGGUAAUAUUUGAAUUUUCUUUAGUUUAUGAUACAUAUUUUCGAACUUCUAACUCAAUCACGCAAAUUCACUAAUCAUAACAUGGAACUACAGUAAAACUAAAACAACAUAAAAUAAAUUUCAAACAUAACCUCAUUAUUGCCAAGAGCAUUUGUAAACUCGAUUCUAUUUUAUCUUUUAGUUGAACUAAUGUUGUGAUUUAAGUUGACUGAAUUAUAAACUAUUAGUACAUGCUGAACAUCAUUACUAUUUAACACUUCUUUACAGUUGAGAUAAUUGUUUUAUUCUAGUUUUAUUUAUUCUAUACUGUUUACAUUAGUUUUGUUUUAUUAAAUGUUUUUCUUUCGUUAAUUAUAUAGGUUUCUUUUUCAUAUAUUUGUUCGAUCAACAACAUGCAAAUUUUAAAUAAAUUAUAUUUUGAAACAUUGUACUGAAAAUGUCCUUCAUUUUCCACACAUGUGAAACAAAGUACGUAAAUACGAGUUUUCAUCUGUGCAGUAUUCUCUCAACAUCACAAAAAAAAGUUUGCAUUCUCCAAACUCACUCUUUCUCAUAGGGGUAAUGUUAUUGUACCAUAUUGAUCUUUAUGUCAAUAUCUAUACGAAAAGAAAAAAAUUUUCAUUCAUCUUUAGACAGCUAAAUUUAGUAACUGAUCUGAAACAUCAAAGUUAUGGGCAUGUGCUGCUCGUCAAAGAAACAUCAUAACGUGUCAAAUAAAUUGACGUCGUUGCCAUCGACCAUAGAAUCAGGUAAUAAACGAAAACUCGUUUAUUUGAGGAUUAAAACAUAAACUACUUAAAUGAUCCACGUUUUGUUUCUAGUGAGUCAUGAUGUACCUCCAACGAAUACAGAUCAAGCCACAAAGAAGGGUCAACAUCAAAUAACGCCGAUACACUUUACAAUCAGACAGUCGUCACACUUGUCAUCAGAGGAUGAAUUUAAAUUUCUGGAAUACGAAGAUAUUCAAGUUGUCUUGAAUUCUAAUGCGAUAACAGAUAUAUUCGGUAAAACAUUUCAACAUUCAUUUUCAACUGACACAGCACAAUUGGAACUUGAAUUAGCUGCCAUAGUCAUGAAUGAAGAAGUCACAGCACCGUUACAUCAGUCAGAUGCUUUUGAAUUGAACAAAUAA